CAACUUUUGAUAUGUAAAAAACAAGGUAAAUGAACGAACCCGCAACCGAUACAGCAGUGUUAUCAGUAAAACUUGAGAGGUUGUGUCAGUUUGUUGAGGGUGUAUCAAAAAUCAAUAGUUUUGUCAGUCCAUUGGGUAUCUCACGCCCUAGGCAUGUGUUGAAUAGCACAAGAAGUACUUUCCACGACUCACAAACUACCAAGAACCAUGAGAGAGACGAAGAAGACGUGUUGUUUGGUGUUAAUUUUCUGUGGUGCACUUUGUGGAAUUGUCCUGACGUCUGUCAGUUUGGCGACAGAACACUGGGUGGAAUCUAAACCAACUAGAGCAGUCAAUAAAACCGAGGAACUGUUAACUGAAGAUUCCCAGGGUUCGGUUAAUCUAGGCCUGUUUAGAGGCCAGAAGCAAGUGAAAGUUCUGAACUAUAACCCAAAACCUGUGUGGGUUGUUUGCAUACCUGACCAAGGAGUGUGUGGAUUGAGCGGCUAUGAGAACCCAGACAUGCGCACGAAGGAAGUGGAAGAUUAUAUUAAAAAUUUAACCAAAUCCACAGACCAAGGUUCUUUUUUGUUCCAAAAAAUUCAAGAUGACGGGAUAUUGAUGAGCUUCAACUUGUGGAUAUCCGUCCUGGUGUUUGCUGGGUUGGGUAUAGUGUGGGGUCUCAUCACCAUCAUCUUUAGCUGUAUCAAUCUGGCUACAACCCCUAUAGAAACCAUCACAGGACCAAUGGGCCUUUAUUUGUGGAAUGCAUUUGCUUGCCUGUUUACCUUCAUUACAGUCAUCCUGUUUGUUGUGCUUUUCCUCACAGACCUAAAAAACAAUGUAUUAGAAGCUAAAGAAAUAGGUAUUGGCUGGAGCUCAAAAGACAGAACAGAAGUUGGAUAUUCAUUCUGGCUGAUUGUAGCAGCAACACUGUGCUAUCUCUUAAACAUUUUAUUUGUCAUAAUUUCUGGAACACAGUGUAAAGUGUUCAGAAAAAGUAAGUCCCACGUGAACCAGAAUGCCAGUGAUGGAAUGAUGAUGUACUGAACUAGUUGUUCAAUGGGGACAUUAAGGAAUACAAAUAUUCACAGAUGCCAAUUAUAUUUUGAUUAAUUAAAGAUAAAGACAACUGCCUUACAGACUACAUGUACCUUGUAGGUGAGUCAAAUCUAUUCAGUAGAUAUGUACAACAUGUCAGGUUGAGUGGAGGUUUCAUUAAGUAGAACGACACAUAUCUCACCAAGAUAAAGCUGAUAAGGUAGAGUAACCUGGACACUCCUCAUUUUACAUGUGUCAGUUCUAUGAUACCAGCAUAGAGCACGAGACCAAGGUUUACAUUCAGAAGACCACUGAACUAACCUCUUUUAUAUCUUUCAUUUCGAGAUUUCAGAUAAAGUAUUAAAUUCACAGAGGCCCUUUAAGUAACACUUCUGUUUUUCUUAGAACUCAUUUCAUAUUAAAUGUAUGUAAUGAAUUUUUAAAGUUUACGACUGUACCUCAUUUGGAUAUGAAUAUUGAUUUUUAUAACAAUUUUUAUACUGUCACUCUGAAUUUGAAUAACCUCUUUAUUUGAUUUACAAUACAAAGUGUAACCAUUCCUUAACAAAAUGAUGUUCACAAUAUUGACCCAAAAAUACAUAUAGAGUCCCACUUUUACUGCACUAGACAGUCCAAAUUGAAAGUAUUGUUGGAUUACUGUGGCUCUUCUCUAGACUUAAUAUAGAAAUGUUUUUAUGCACUGUUUGAUAGGUAUUUUGCAUGCUAGUGCACAAAAGAUUAGAAGCAAUUCAUAUUUGUGCAUUAUAUAUAAUAUAUAAUAUGCUGCCAUUGAGGUAUUACUUUACAUUCUACAGUAGUCACUAGUCUGUCAGGAUUUACCAUGACAUUAUGCAGUAUCAUCAAACUAUUAUAGUCCCGAGGACUAUCUCAAGAAUAUCUAGUCAGUUAAUGAUGGAGAAGGCCAUAAAGUUAGAUGUUACCAGUUCUGUAAAAUUGCUGCCAAUAUGUUGAUAGCCAGGGCCCUGGUUCACAAAGGACCUUACCAAAGUGGAUGUAGCUAAGCCUGGUGAUCUCAGACUGUCAUGAUCAGCUAUGCAAUGUCUAAGCGAAAGCAGUCCUAGACCAUGAAGUCAGUUGAUUCUUAAGGAGACAUCUUAGAUUCUAAGACUGUUGGAGUUUUGGUCCUAGGAUAUUGUUUUAAGACAGAAAAAGUGAAAUAAGCAGCCCCUUGUUAUGCUUCUGUUUUAAGUUGGCUUAACUUAAAUCGUAUAAAUAUUUUUGUGAAACAGGCCCAUAAUGUCUGGGGUGUGAGGAUAUUUAUUCAGUUUAGAUGAAAUGUUGCAGGUGCUGAUUUACUCUCAUUAGACAUGGAACCCAUUUUUAUAAAUAUUGAUGCACUUCAUGGUAGAUACUCAGAAUGAAGCUGAUAAUUUUAUAGAAUGUGCUUCGGAUCAAUCAAUGAAAAAUGAUAGAGAAUCAGCAGUUGUAAAGAAUUUGAUACCAUGAACAUUGAUGAUUUGUUUUAUAACCAUAUUAUAAUACAUUGGGACCAAUUCUGUUGAUGUGAUUUCUCUUAGAGAAUUUCAAAUAUUUUUGUAUGGUUCGUAAUUGUUUACAUUCCUUGAAAUUUGAUUGUUUAGACUCCAUAUACCAGCAUCUCUAUAUAACAUUUUGUUGUCUCAGUACAUUUUGUUUUGGCUUAAUAUUUAAAUGUUUGUGGCUGGGAUAGGGAGAAAUAUCAGCUUUAUGUCACUCUUUAUUGAUUUAGAAGUAUUUAUGUAUUUUCCUGUAUUUUGUAGUCAUAUUUCAUGUGAUGAUUAUUAUAUUUAUUAUUAAUAGUAUGACAUUUAUAAGAAGGGAUUUUGAAGGCAUAUCAGAAAAAAUGAUGUAGAUCAAGUAGCAUAACAGUGUUUGAAUAUAUUACAAGAAAGUCAAUUAGUUUGUAGGUUGCAGCUUUAAAGUAUGAAACUGGUAGUUAAUGUGCAUAUUUUAUCAUGAAGGUCAAUAUAUAAUGUAUGUGCUGCUGUUGUUUACAACAAGGAGUGACUCCAGCAGUUUUCCACAAUGUUAGAGAUGUUUGAUUGAUGAAAUCGAUACAGUGUUGUUAGCAUGAUUGAUAUGUCAUGUUUUAUGGAUUAGAACCAACAGAUACAGUGUUGUAUGAGUGAACUCUGCAUAAAGGAAUGAAAAAAUGUGUACAUUGAAACCCCUCUCACUUUUCAAAUGUAUAUGUGCUAUAGGUAAAUGUAAAAUUUGCUUUGGUGCUGGUGAACACAAAUGAAAAACGCACAACAAAAAUUUUAGCAAAGUUGUGUUUUAUAGGUAUGAAAAGGAUUAGCUGGAUUAUGGGUUCCUUGUACCUUGUAUGCCAAUUUGUAGUUGCAGCUUGGAAAAAUAAAGUUUCAAUAUUUUGGAUACA